CAUUAUCACCCAGUGCGAAACGUACGACUUAUAUAUAAACAGAGAAAAAAUUAGGAAAUUGUAGUUUUGCCAAAGGAUCGGGGACUAACAAAGCAAAGGUUUUAGUACAGUUUUCGAUGAUCAAUUUUAUUGACGUUAACUCUCCGACUAGUUUUAAAAAUAGUGUUAGUUUGCAGAAGUGGAUGUGAGUUAUAGAGACGGAUACACUUUGUAUCUGAGUCAUUUAACAGAAAUACAAUUUAUUGUGUGUGACAGGUGCAGAAGGAAAUAAAAAAAAAUGUUGGGGAAUAAGACGAGGAAAGGAUAGAAAAACCACGUGCUUUUGGCACCAACACGUGACAAGCCGAUCACUUUUCCCAACCACAUUUGGUAUAUUAUCUUGUUGGAGAAGCGCAGUCGCUUGGAACACAUGAAAUGUAAAAGAGUGUAGUGUGUGGAGAAGACUUUUGUUUUGUAAGUCGGAAGUACCAGCGAGAUGGACGGGGCCUACGAUUUAGAGACCAUGAUGGGGUAUCUGGGUGACUUCGGUCGCUACCAGAUGUGGCAAUUCAGCCUUCACAUCCUCUCAGCAGUCACUGCCGGCCUCCACAUGCUUUCCCUUGUAACAGUGGCUGCAGUACCUGAACACAGAUGUGAGAUUCCAGGGGUCGAUUUCAAUCUCACAAUGACGAAAUUAAAUUCGUCCGAACUCGCUUCAUACAUUCCCAAACUCCCUUCUGGAGAUUUCGACAGUUGUAGCCUCUUUAAUACCACCACCAAUGAGUCGUACCGAUGUGAUUCCUGGGUGUACGACUACACGUACUAUAAGACUUCCAGAGCGAUUGAAUGGAGUUUCGUCUGUGAUAAUAGAUGGAUGGGGGCUGUAGCUCAAGCCAUUUAUAUGUUUGGGGUAUUCACCGGAGCUGUAACCCUCGGGAAUAUGGCGGAUAAGUUCGGACGAAAACCGGUUUUCUGCUGGUCAGCUUUAUUGCAACUAGUAAUCGGAGUUGCAGUGGCUUUCACCCCGGAUUAUUACUCCUUUUUAGCCCUGAGGUACUUGUAUGGGAUUUUCGGAUCCGCUGGGGCUUACAUACCAGGUUUCGUGUUGACGAUGGAGCUAGUGGGCCCCAGUAAGCGCUCCAUGUGUGGCGUGGCCUUCCAAGCGGCUUUCGCUUGUGGCAUUAUGCUCGUCGCGGGCUGGGGGGCCCUCAUAAAAGACCGUCAACUGCUCCAAGUUGUCUACGGACUGCACAGUGUGCUUCUUAUUGGUCACUAUUGGCUCAUGGACGAGUCACCCAGAUGGUUAUGGGCCAAUGGCCGGUCACGUGAUGCCGUCGAAAUCGUCAAAAAGGCACUCAAAAUGAAUAAAAGCCCAAUUAAUCUCGAAGCGGCCGAAUUCGUAUCGAAAGGAACGGCCGAAAGUCGGACCAAAACCGAAGACUCCGUCGGAGUUUUGGAUCUAUUUAAAACACCAAAUUUGCGAAUUAAAACUUUGAAUGUCUGUUUGAAUUGGUUUGCGAACUCGCUGGUUUAUUAUGGGUUGUCGCUGAAUACGGGUCAGUUGAGUGGCGAUCCGUUUUUAAUUUUGUUUGUCAUGGGUUUGGUGGAAUUGCCCAGCUAUGUUCUAACUGUCUAUUUGAUGGACAGGAUGGGUCGGCGGUCCUUAACCGCCCUCAAUAUGAUUCUUGGCGGGAUUUGCUGCAUCGCUGCAGCGAAUCUAACCAUGGGAAGUACCGAAUCGACCGCCUUCGUCGUCGUUGGCAAAUUCCUCAUCGCUAGUUCUUUCGCGAUCAUUUACAAUUACUCAGCCGAACUUUUCCCCACUGUUGUCCGAAACUCCGCUCUCGGAAUCGGCGCGAUGUGUGCGAGAACUUCCGGUGCCCUAACUCCUCUCAUAACACUCCUGGAUUCGUUCGAUCCAACCCUACCGUCCAUUAUCUUCGCAGUUAUUGCCCUAAUCUCCGGUUUUCUGACGCUUUUCCUCCCGGAAACUUUGAACAAACCCAUGCCUCAAACAAUACAAGACGGCGAAGAAUUCGGGAAAGGCGACACUUUCUUCACUUCCUGUUGCAAGAAGAAGACUCCGGAUGAGGAGGAAACAGUCACUUCCAAACCACCAACUUCCGAACAAAUGCAACCGCUGGGGGUUAACAGGUGAAGCGGGCUAGUGACUGUUAGUGUAGUAGGAGUGUGGACUUAAUGUCUACUAUUUAUUCAUAAAAUAAAUAUUUUUAUAAAAGUAAAA